AUGCUCAUUAAACCAAUCACAGAAGUAAGGAAUCCUCGUCAUACUCUUGAUGAUGACGAUUUGAGUAAUGCCCAACCUUGCCCAUUUCCCGAGAUCAGGGUUGUUCUAGAUGCAUCAUCCAAUGAUUAUGAUUAUAUUUUUGUUGUUCCACAUACAAUGAAAAUCUUGCAAACAGAAUUGACCAAGAACCAUGUUGUUGUCGGUAAUAUCAUUGUUGAUUAUCAUCAACUAUACAGUUCUGUCGAGAAGGAGAGCGCUACUACAUACGAUGAAGAUGAGCAGUUAUAUGAGGCAAUGAAGCAUGAAAGUUUAAAGUCUAGAUUUCCUCCUAAACUUGAGCUCCCUAUUUACCUAACCAAGGGGGUCCUCUCCAUUGUUGUCCCGCAUUUCGAAAAUGUUAUAAUCUACAACUUAUUGGCCAGGCAAGUAGUUAAACAUCUUGAUUUGAACAAAGAGUGGAUUUUGCUUGCGCCGUCAAACUUGAACAAUAACCAAACCAUUAAUAAACUACAAUUGUAUGCCGAUAAUGCCAACCCCGUGAUAAACAAUGUUCCAUUGUUAAGGCCACCACAUGUGAUUACUGGUUUCUGUGCUGCCCUUUUAUCUCAAUUGAACAUUGUUGAAGCACCUCUUGCCACGGCAUUAGUUCUAGAUUCCGAAGGUCCGUUAGGGUUUGAAAAGUCGGAUAAUGAUGCAAUUGUUGAUACCGCAACUGUUUUAAGUUCACUUUUCAAUAUAAAAAAUGGGGAGGAGUAUGUGAAAAAUGUCAGUUUGAAAGUGAGGAAACUCAACGGAUACUCCAAUCUAGGAAUGUACAUAUAA